CGGGGCGGGGGGUGGGGUGGGGGUGGCCGGCGGGGGGGCAGUGGGUCCAAAUUUCUACCCCUAAACACUUCAACACUCCUUUUAGAUCGUGUUUCACAAAAUUGUAAUGCAUGGCCUAUAUUAGGUGCUGUUUUGGAACUUCCACCAUAUUCUAGAACUCGUGCUGAUAAUACUCUUCUUCUUUCUGUUUGGAUAGGAAAACAAAAGCCGAACUUUAAUAUUAUUUUUGAAAAACUUGCUAAAUGA